CAGAAGGCGGCCAGACGCCGAACCGUGCACAACCUCCGCCUCAGCAGUCGCAGCAGCAGCAGCGGCAGCAGACACCUCCAGCCGCAGUUCUGCAGCAGGACGCAGUCGCGUAGCCUGCAGAGAUGGCUUGUCGCAGCUGGAGCGCCGCGCGCGCCACCUGGUGCCGCCAGCUGUCCACUCCGCCCCCGCCGCCCCCACCGCCACCUCCGCCGCCCCCAGUCACCGCCGCCACAGCCCCUGCAGAGUGUCCACACGCCAGCGCUGCCCUGCACCGCCCUCGCCCCUACAGCGAGGUGCCGGGGCCCAAGCCGCUGCCCAUUAUAGGCAACACGUGGCGCGUGCUGCCGGUGGUGGGCCAGUUCAGCGUGGCCGACCUCGCGCGCGUCUCGCGCGACCUGCACGACCAGUACGGCGACGUGGUGCGGCUGGCGGGGCUCGUCGGCCGCCCCGACCUGCUCUUCGUCUACGACGCCGACGAGAUCGAGCGCGUCUACCGCCACGAGGGCUCCACGCCCUUCCGGCCCUCCAUGCCGUGCCUCGUCCACUACAAGAGCGUCGUCAGGAGGGACUUCUUCGGCGACCUGCCCGGCGUCGUCGGCGUGCAUGGAGAACCAUGGCGAAUAUUCCGGACGAAGGUGCAGAAGCCGAUCCUGCAGCUGCAGACCAUCAAGAAGUACAUACGGCCCAUCGAGGAGGUGACCGAGAUGUUCAUACAGAGAAUGUGCGAGAUGAGGGACGAGAACGGUGAGAUGCCUGAAGACUUCGAUAACGAGAUCCACAAAUGGUCGCUUGAAUGCAUUGGCCGUGUGGCGCUGGACGUCCGCCUCGGCUGUCUCCGCCCAGACUUGCCGCCGAGCUCCGAGCCGCAGCAGAUCAUCGACGCGGCCAAGUUCGCCCUGCGCAACGUCGCCAUCUUGGAACUCAAGAUGCCCUUCUGGCGCUACUUCCCGUCAGCGCUCUGGACACGAUACGUCAACAACAUGAACUUCUUCGUAGAGGUGUGCACGAAGUAUAUAGACCAAGCACUGGAAAGACUGAAAACAAAGAGUUCCGUGCAUGAGAGUGACCUAUCACUUUUGGAGCGUGUCCUUGCCAAUGAACCAGACCCCAAGACAGCCUGCAUCAUGGCACUUGAUCUCAUCCUUGUGGGCAUUGAUACAAUUUCUAUGGCUGUAUGCUCCAUUCUAUACCAGCUGGCAACACGUCCUGCUGAACAAGAGAAAAUACAUCAAGAACUGUUGAAUUUACUGCCAUCUGCUGAGACACAUAUAACCUCCAGCCAUCUAGACCAAAUGCAUUACUUGCGUGCUUUUAUAAAGGAAGUGUUCAGGAUGUACUCAACAGUGAUUGGUAAUGGAAGGACACUCCAGCAGGACACGAUCAUUGGUGGUUAUCACAUACCAAAAGGGGUACAGCUUGUAUUCCCAACAAUAGUAACAGGAAGCAUGGAGAAGUAUGUGAAAAACGCAAAGCAGUUUUUACCAGAGAGAUGGCUAAAAGCGAAUGAUGGUGGCUCAGGGCUGCAUGUACACCCAUUUGCUUCACUGCCAUAUGGCCAUGGUCCACGGAUGUGUCUGGGUCGCAGAUUUGCUGAUUUGGAAAUGCAGAUACUACUUGCCAAGCUAAUUCGAUCAUAUAAACUGGAAUAUCAUCAUCAACCAUUGGAAUACAAAGUAACGUUCAUGUAUGCACCAGAUGGACCUCUGAAAUUCAAACUCAGUAAAAGGUGAGGAAGCUGAAGGAAUGGAGUAAUCAAUACAACUUUUUCACGGCAAAUUCUGGCAGCACAUCUAUUUUUACAGAACAUGCUGCUGAAUACAGUCUAGUUAACCCUUACUGUUUAUUUAUUUUUAUUUUGUAUGAGACUUUUCUGUAUCCAGUUCCCAUGAGUUUUAAAUUCAUGUAUCCUACUAAUGAUGUAAUAAAUAUUUGUUACCAUAAAAUCCAGGAGUUAAAAGUAUUAAUAUCUUAACACAAUGUACCUGGCAUUAUGAUAAUGACAAAAUGAAGAGAAUUAUUAUAAUCAAUGGAUAUAUCUAUUCAUAUACGCUGUGUAUUUUCCAGUGUUUUACAUUACCUGGAAGCUCUAACUGGAACAUUUAUUCACAGAAAACAAGUAAAACAAAUGUUAAAGUAAAAAUGAACUAGUUUUUAUUGUUACUACUGUAGUUAAAUUUGUGAUACUUGAAAAUAGGAGCACACUGUCUUUAAAUAACUAGUAAAUAUGUGGUGCUAAUAAUGUUUCACCACACAGAGUAAUUUCUGUCUCUUCAAUAAAAAUGCAUUGCAAUAUUCUGGCCUUUAAUAGCACAGAAGGGAAGACACAGGCUCUCGUGCUUUUAGACUCAACAGUUCCUCAUAAAUAGUCAGUAUGUUCACAUCCCACACACAAUUCUUAGGUUUUGUGGCACAUUUGCUGUACAACAGAGUGAAUUAAGGAUAGUACAUCUUCCAUUUUUCCCAUGCUGUCUGCUGAGUAGUAUAAUGCCGUGAUUAAUUAUGGGAAUUACUGUGAGACAAACAGCUCCAUUGCAUUAGUAUGUGUGUCAAGCAAGCAGGUGCAGAGGCACUCGUAUGAGAUUUCAUAAACAAGUCUAAUUACUUACCACAAGGCAGCUUAUAGCAAACUGUGCAAUCUUGGUAACAUCGCAGAAAAGCAGUGCAACUAUAAACCAGCCUGAAGGAAGCUUCAGCACCAUUGGGGUCAUGAAGGUGUGGGACUGUUUGUGUCUGGAAGCACUGUAUCGACACAACAAAAGUGGCACUAACCAUUAUAAAUACUCUUUGAUUGUAGCAAAGUUAUGCUCAGUCUAGCAGCACUUUCACACCACCAGGCCCAUUGACAUCUUCAACAUGUUAUGGGCCAGUGAGCAGAUGAUGCUGGUCUGAGCAGCCAUCUCUAUCAGACUAUCUCAUAGGGUUAAGUCUGCACUUAUGGACUUGGAGAAAUACAGUGGUUAAGCCAUUUCCAGGCUCUGCAGCAGUGGCCAAACUUCUGCUUUGGAGGUCAGUGAUUCACAGCCAGGGUGAUUUCACCACCAUCCAACUGUACCAGGGUGUAGGCACCAGUGGGCCUCAGUGAUAAUCUAGGCAGAAAUUCACAUCACUGGCAACCUAACUCAUAGCCUCAUAGUGCUAUCUGGGGCACAUGCAGUUGAGUGAAGUAAACAAUGCCAGCAGAGCAGCACAUGGUAGUCACACAUCCAGCAUGCUGUUACAACCCUCUGCAGCUGACGGUGCAGCCAGUAGGUGGCCAGUAAGGGGCAUGGCUAUGAAAUUUCAGCACUUCAGUCAUUUUAGCACAAGACUGAAUGAAGUUGUUUUACCUUGCCUCUGUGUUUUCCGAGCCACCACUAACCACCGAUACUGCCCCAACACCUUGUUACUCCACUACCUAAGCAUAGUGGUGACCCCAUUCACCCCAGACACUACAGUAGUUUUAUGUGCAUGUAUCACAUAGUUUGCUUUGAAAAUGGAGGAAGGGGUUAUUGCAGGUUUGACCAUACAUGGUUUGUAUGACACUUUCAAAGUGACUGAAUGAAAUGCAAAUUCAGAAGAGAUAUUUGAGGUUGAUGUUGAAAUCCAAAGAACCUAGAAAAGAAUAAUUUGAAUUUGAUGACCAACCAGCAAUUAUUACAGUAUGUAAAGACCUUAUAUAAGCCCAACUCAGUAGUAAGUGUAAUUCAACAAUGAAACAUCUCUAGAAUCAAUAAUAUAUGUUUUAUUUAUAAAGAAUAUAAUUAUUAAUUUAUGUUUAAUGCAAAAUUGUCAUAUUAAACACUGAAAACUUGCAUUGUCAUGAAUAAAGAGAAUUACACUGUUUUAGUUAAUAAAUGUAAAGAUUAAUUACUUUUUCAGUUAUUUUCAUGGCAACAUUUUUCUGGUGAUUUUACUUUGAAAUAUCAUCUUGUUGCCUUUACCCUGCACCACCUUCAUCCCCGUGUGCACUUGGCAACAGUGGUUUAUUCAUUUCAUUACAUAAAAGU